CCAUUAUUGUGCCUGCGGUGGCAGUAGAGUUUAUUACAUUUGUUCAGUGAUAAUUUAAAACAACACGGUGAGCUAAUAUAGCUUGGUUAGCUGGCUGUGCAGCUAGCCAGUUCGCCAUAGCCAAGACAGAAGUUAGAUACGGACUGGACAGCUGAGAUUGGCUGCGUUUAGCGUUUGCUGUUAUUGUGUUCUAGAUAUUCGUUAAGGAGAACUGGGCGAUUUCAGCGAUGAUGUCGUUGUUUACUGCAGCUUAAGUAGCCAAGUGAACUGCUAGCUUUGUGGGAUAAACAGAAAACCGGCACCGGUGUCCUGACCGAUUGUGCUAACGUUACCUUGGCUAACUAACCUACCCUACAGUGGGAAACGUCCUACUGUAGCACGUAAUUAUAGCUUUCCGCAUUAAACUGUAGGUGAGAUGUUUUGAUAGCCAAAAUCACUGUGUCAGAAAAUGCUGCCCGCAGUAAAACUACGGGUAUGAUGUUUUGAUAGACUAAAUCACUGUGUUAGAAAAUGCUACAAGCAUUACAACUACAGGUAGGAUAUUCUGAUGGACUGAAUCACUGUGUCAGAAGAUGACACCAGCUAUAAAACUACAGGUAGAAUAUUUAGAUAACCUAAAUCACAAGAUCAGAAAAUGCUAUCAGCAGUACAACUACAUUUAGCACCUUUAGACUCACCUUAUCAAAAAUACGAUCAACCUUGAAACAUAUAGGUAGAAUAUUUUGAUCGUCUGAAACGCCUUAACAGAAAUACUAAGUCUUGAAAUGUAUCAGUAGGUUACAGUCUAAAUCCUCAUAUCAGAAAAAAUUACUGACACUAAAAUAAUAACUAGGAUAUUUUGAAGCUUAAAUCACGUUAUCAGGGGUUAGCGGUAAUAUUAACCUGUGUCUCUGCAAUCAACUUGAGGCUACUAUUUAAUGGGUAGUACAGAUUGUUAGAACACUCAUUUUCAAGUUGUUGUGUUGCAUAUAAUCACAUCCAGUGUUUUCAGUGACUGUGAUUAAGGUGGGAAACAUUAAAAAGACAAUCGGAAGACCCUUUCCAGUGCAAAAUUCCAGUUUACUUUGUCAUUUAGUCCUGAUGUCAUGCUUACAUUUAACCAGAAAGCUUGCUCCAAGAGUAAUUUAGCUUUGGAGCCUUUUGACUUGAACCCUCAAGACAGAUGGAGAUCUUUUCUAAGCACAGAAGUAAGUUAAUUUUGUCUCAUGUUUGUUCUGCCUAUUUAAUCACACGCUUAAGUGGUGGAAACUUAUAUGGUGCCAACGCACCAUGCUAUUUCGCCCACUUGUCCAACUUUGCUAUCUGGAAGGUUGUGGAUUUUCAUUCCACUACUUCUAGAUGGGUUCAGAGGGAGAGUUUGAUUAGGAUGAAGCGGGCCUCCUAGAAGCUCAGCCUGAACAACAUUCAGAUGAAGUGGAAGAAGAAGAGGAGGAGUCUGAGGCAGCCAGAAGGACGACUGGCCUAAGGUGUUACCAAGGAAACAGAGAGACCACAGAUGAUGAGCCCAGUGAGCUGGAGGCUUCUGCUGCUACUUCCUCUGACACUACAUUCCUUAUGCCUCAGCAGUGCUCUGAACAACAUUUUGCCGACAGUGACUUUGAUGGGGAGCUUACAGCAGAGGUGAGAGUAGACGAAGCUUCAUCGCUGGCUUUUUUGGUGCCUGUUGCCCCUCGUUUCAAGACAGGAUACGCAUUUGACAGACAGUUCCUUUCCACGGCAGCCCCUGGAUCACAGAGGGACUAUACAGACUGCCUUUUUCCCCCUGUCCCUUUCCCCACGUGGACUGCAGCACAAAUGCCCAGGCCAUCUUCUCUCUGCACCUCUCAGAGGGAAACAGAGACUGCCAAAAGCCCUGUGCCUACUUCUCCUUCUACAUCACCUUCCUCCCCCUCUUCUGCACCCUCUUCCCCCUCCUCCUCUCCCUCCUCUUGCUCCCCUGGUGGUAGAGGGACGGGCUAUCAUGAGGACGAGGAUGAUGGCCAUGCUGGGGACGGUAUGGUCAGCAGAGCGGCGGGAGAUGGAGUUUCGUCCACUUCAUCAUCUCUAGCUCCAUCUUCACUCUCUGUGCCUCCCUCGUCUUCUUUGGAUCUAUUGCGCCAUGUUUCCUCAUCCCCCCACCUGCAUGGCGAUGACCAAAUGGAGGGCGCAGAGAUGGAGAUCUAUGACCCCUUUCACCCUACAGAUGGAGAGGGAGAACAAGGCACAGGUCAGGAUGAGGAGGAAGAAGAAGAUGAGGGAGAUAAGUAUGACCCCUUUGAACCCACUGGCUCGCCAGCCUCAGAGAAAGAGGAGGAAGGAGAGAUGGAGAUGGAGGAAGAGGGAAGUACUGUGAGUAGCAUACCUUGUGAGGUGAAGGAAGAUAAAGAACUGGAGCUGGAGGCAGCUGCUGAGCCAGGAGGUCCACCUCCAGACUCAACAGAGACCUUAGUUCCACCUCCCGAGGAUGAGGAUGCAUGCACAGAGUUAAACAGGGUCAAACCCCCGAGGGAGAGAGGGAAAGGAAUGUGUCAGAGGACACAGGAUGACUCUGAGCAUGACUCUGAGAUAGAAGAAGGUGAGAUAGUGGGUGCUAGUGACAGAGGGAGGGAAAGAGAAAUAGAGAGAAGAAGGGAGGUACUGCUUCCAUCCUCUGGAAGUCCUCCAUUCCUUCAGGGUGGAGGCCUCAAACCCGAGAGGAUCUUGCGAGUUCUGGAUGGUGAAGGUUUUGUGUCAGUCCGAACUGAGGGGGAGUGGGAUAGGGAACCAGCACCCCCGGUAGGCAUGGGGGACUUGAGGAGAAAACUUACCAGCAGGCGAAAAGAGAGGUUCCGAUCUUGCCCUUCUUCCGCCUCCAUUUCACCUCCUCCACCCUCUACUCUGCCACUACCUCCUCCCUCACCUCCUGCCUCACAACUCCAGUCCACAGAAAAAGCCAGGAGUCGCAAAUCGUCAAAGAGCUCCAAGGAGAGGGACCGACGCAAGCGGAAAGAGGGCAAAGGAGAAGACAAAGAGAAACGGAAAAAGAGGAAAGAGGGAAAAGGGGAAUCAGGUGGAGGGAGUGGAGAAAGCAAAGAGAGGGAUCGUGAGAGAAAGAGUAGAAGAAGUGGAAAAGAGAAGGACAAGGACAGGAGGAGGAGCAGCAGAAGUGACAGUCGCAAGAGAAAGAGCAGACGUAACAAUACUCCGGAACCUUCCUCCCACUCCCACUCCCAAAAUGCAUCGCGACAUGCACGCAGCUGCAGGUCCUGGUCCAGCCCUUCGGAGGGUCGCCAUCGAGGACGAGAACGGGACAGAGACAAGGACAAAGAAAGAGACAAGGAGAGAGAUAGAGACAGAGAUCGGGAAAGAGACCGAUACAGGGACAGGAGGAGAGAUGACAGGGACAGGGAAAGAGAGAGAGACUCCAGAAGAAAAGAGAGAAGUAAAAGAGAUCGGGAUGAAGAAAGCAGGAGGUCCAGUAGCAGAGAAAGGGGCAAUGCAAAAAGGAGAAGAGAAAGCAGUGAGAGGAGAGAUAGGGAGAAGGAAAGAGAACGAGAAAGAGAGAGGGACAGGAGAAGAGAUGGUCGACCGGUUGUACCUCCAUCUAUUCAGGAUCUAAACGGGUCGGAUCUUUUUGCCAUUAAACGCACCAUCACUGUUACCUCUACACCCACCACUACGGUCCCCAGUUCUCCAGCUCAUGGCCAGGACCACCAACGAAGUCCUGGACAAAGCUCGGACAAACCCCGCAAGCGAAAGAGGAAACGGAGGAGACGCUCUGAUGAUGAAAGAAUGGAUGAGGACUGCAGGAGCAGGUCGCGUCCUUCCUCGCUAAGCCCUCCACGUUACCACAGUUACGAAUCUGACCGUCAUUCAGACCGACCAGAACCUGACAUGCUAUCUCUGGAUGGAGAGGCACUGGACUCCGAUUACCCUUCAUUGGAGGAUUCACCUCUGCUCCCACCUCCUCCUCCUGAACCCCCUCUCCCUAGUCCCAAACCCAAGGCCACAGCCCCCAAAAGCAGCCGGCGCCAUGAAAAGAAGAAAUCCAGAUCCAACAAAAAGACAGGCCAGUCAGAGUCAUCCACCUCAUCAUCAUCUCACAGACCCAAAGCGAAAAGCAAAAACCUCUUGCCCUCACUCUCCCCGCCUCUGUCUGCUUCUUCUGGUAACACUACUUCCCUUCCACCUGCUGCCUCCUCAUCUACAGGCAAAAGACGCAAGGCAGGCAAAGAAAAAGGAGGCAAGAAGGAGUCAGGACGUUCUGGCAGAUCCAAGAAGUUAGGUGGAAGCAGCAGGAAGGCUAAACUCCAGUCUAAAGUAUCAGUGCUGGUGCGCGAGGGUGUUAGCAGCACCACAGGGAACUCUGGCAAAUUGGGCAUCGACCUAUUGGGACCUAGUGGGGUCGUGGGUGGAGCUGCAGGACCCUCAGUAGUGGGAGGGUCUAUAGCUGUCGUGUUCCGUCGGGACAACGAGAGUCGAUCGCCUUUCCUGAAGCCUUGCUCAGAGCCGCUGUCCCUGCCUGGCAGAGCCAAGGAUCUUAGUAAGACUAGCAAACAACGCAAUACCCUUGCACCACUUUCUUCAGCUAACCCAGCAGGACUUAAGUCAAAGAAAGCCAAGCCAAGCUCUACCACCUCCACAUCAUCAUCUGCGUCCUCACCCACAUCAUCUUCAGCAGCCAAGCGUAGGCGGAGGCCAGGAAAGAAACCCCGGGAAAAAGGCCUAGCAGUGGACGGGCCUGAUAUUAAAGGCACCAACAGUAGCACUUUGGGCUCCGGUUGGGCUGGAGCGACAGCAGAUAUUCAGCCUUUGAGUGGAGUUGGUCCUAAACCUUCCAGUCCUCCUUCUGCUCUCCCUGGCCCCACACCGUCAUCAUCAUCAUCAUCAUCGUCCUCAUCCUCAUCUACAAGCGUCCUUCCCCCAUCGUCCUCACCCCCCCACACCCCUCCGCUUUCUUUGCCACCCUCACGAGAUACAAGGGAAUCAUCUCCAGACUCUCAGACUGUGGACAGCAGUUGCAAAACACCAGAACCCUCGUUUCUUUCAGAGGAGUGCCCAGCUCAGUCCCAAUCCUUGCUCCAUGCACCCUCAAAGUCUCCCCCUAGCCCUCCACAGUCAAGAGGGGACAGCAUAUCCCAGUCUGCCUCCAAGCCCCCCCCCUCAGAUGACCAGAAAACAUCGCCACCGUGCUCCACUUCUUCAUCGGCCUUGGUUGCUGCUUCCCUCUCUCAUUCCAUUCCUCCUCCAGCUGCAGACCCUUCCUCAUCCUCCUCAUCUUCCGUGUCUUCAUCCUCUGUCAGUAAGCCGCCGCCUCCUCCACCCCCGCCCCCUGCAGCCCCGCCUUUGCCCUGGAGCCUGCAGGCAGGGGUAGACUGCACCGCUGGAGGUGUUUUAGCAUUGACGGCUCUCCUGUUUAAGAUGGAAGAGGCCAAUAUUGCCAGCCGAGCCAAAGCACAGGAGUUUAUUCAGGCCACAAGUCAGAUUCUCUCUCAGGCUAACCAGAAUCAGUCGCAGACACAUCCUUCUUCCUCCUCCUCUUCUUCCUCCACACAAGUUCCUCCUCCUCCAUCACAUGCUCCACCUUCAGGUCCUGCGCCAGCUCAGUUUAUUCUCCACGGCUCGCUCCCAUUGGUCGGCUGUACUAAAACCCCACCUUCUCAUUUACACCCUGGACUUUCACUGGGUGGUGGAUGUGCACAGACGCCACCUCCUCCGUUGCCUACAGGUCUGUCUGUGUCAACAGGGGGAGCAAAUGAGACAGGCUGGGACAGUGAAAGUAAAGACCCUGAUAAGUAUUUGAAGAAGCUACACACCCAGGAGAGGGCAGUAGAGGAAGUGAAGUUGGCCAUCAAACCCUACUACCAGCGCAAAGACAUCAACAAAGAAGAGUACAAGGACAUCUUGAGAAAAGCUGUGCACAAGAUUUGUCACAGUAGGACGGGUGAGAUUAAUCCAGUGAAGGUGAGCAACCUGGUCAAGCUCUACGUCCAGAGGUACAAGUAUUUCCGGAAGCAUGGGCGCAAAAUGGACGAGGAGGAAAAGGAAGAGCGCGAGUCCGCCUCCCUGCACUCCUCAGCGUGACUGGACAUAGACCGCUUUAAUGCCCCAUUCUGAUUGGACGAGUAUUUUGAGGACCCUCCCUCUAUCUUGCACGUGACUGUAACCCAUCAAAGCAACCGAGCGAGAGUUACGCCCUGUGUGCUGACGUUGUGUAAACAUGUACUCCAUUCCCCUUCCUCUGUCUGUCUUUUGUCUCGCAAUCCAGAUGUAUGAUUAAAUGAUUAAGUGUGACUCAGAGUAUGGUUAACAAAAAAACAAAACCUAGAGACCCCCAAAUACAAACUUAGUAUGAAGUGAUGAACACAUCCA